AGGAUUUUAAAUUGGGCCUCGUGAUUCAAAAUUCAACUAAAGCUGUUUGUAACCCUUAUUUUAGGAAAAGAAUGGCUCAAAUUCAGACUUCUUCUUUCAUUUUCUCCUACUUUCAACGGUAAACAAGCUUGCUCCCGGGCUUGUUGCCAAAGCUAACACUGUAUCCUUGUGCAAAUGCCGCAACACACCCUGGAAAUGCAAGCAGUGACUUAUUAAAGCUGACGCUUUAGUGUACACGCACGCAGUGGUGUCGGCUCUGUCUGUCCAUCACUGAAUAAUUUGACUAGCUUUCAAUUAUUAUUUAUUUUCCUCCAUUUUCACCAAUGUUAUGUGAGUGUGAAAGGUAACAUCUGCUGGCAAUGCCAAUGGACUCCCUACCCGUUGGAUGGAGCGUGUUCAGCCAGGACCAGGAGGGCGAUGGAGCUGAGCUACUCAACGGGGCGACUGCUGCCACUGCUGCCGGCGGCACAAACGCACACAUUCACGAUCUGUUCCACGAGGAUGCACAAGGUUUCCAACAGUCCAGUCAGCCAUGGUGGAGGAUCAAGCUAUUUGUGUGGGAGCCGGUGCUUUUUGGCACAUGGGACGGGGUUUUCACCACCUGUAUGAUCAAUAUCUUUGGGGUCGUGCUUUUCCUGCGGACUGGCUACCUGGUGGGAAACACCGGCGUGCUGUUGGGGAUGUUCCUGGUCUCCAUGGUUGCGGUGGUAGCUUUAGUGACCGUCAUGUCGGGGAUCGGAGUAUGUGAGCACUGCGGCGUUGGCAGUGGAGGAGUCUACUCCAUGAUCUCUACUGUCCUCGGGGGCAGAGUGGGAGGAACUGUCGGUCUCCUUUACGUGUUCGGACAGUGUGUUGCUGGAGCCAUGUACAUCACAGGCUUCUCUGAGUCCGUGGCAGAGCUGCUGGGACUGCAGAACCAGUGGGCGGUGCGCUGCAUGUCGGCAGCAGUCCUGCUGGCUUUGCUCGGGAUCAACCUGGCGGGCGUGAAGUGGAUAGUCAGGCUGCAGCUGCUGCUGCUGGCUGUGCUGGCAGUGUCCACUCUGGACUUUGUCAUAGGCACCUUCACACACCUAGAUCCAGAGCAUGGCUUCAUCGGUUACACACCUGGGCUCCUUCGCUCCAACACGGUUCCAGACUACAGCCCGGGGGAGAACUUCUUCACGGUCUUUGGGGUUUUCUUCCCUGCCGCUACUGGGGUCAUGUCAGGCUUCAACAUGAGCUCAGACCUUCAGAGGCCUGAGCACAGCAUCCCCGUGGGAACCCUGGCAGCUGUCUUCACCUCGUGGUUCCUGUAUCUGGUCUUUGUCUUCCUCCUAGGAGCCAUCUGCACACGAGAAGCUCUCCGCUAUGACUUCCUGAUAGCAGAAAAGGUCUCCUUGGUGGGUUUCCUCUUUCUGCUGGGUCUCUACAUCUCCUCGCUGGCAUCCUGCAUGGGCGGCUUGUACGGAGCUCCCAGGAUCCUCCAGUGCAUCGCCCAGGAGAGGGUCAUCCCCUCACUGGCUUUCCUGGGCAGAGGGAAAGGCCCCAACAAAACUCCAGUGGCAUCCAUCAUCCUGACCAGCCUGGUGACCAUGGCCUUCGUUUUCAUUGGCCAGGUCAACGUCCUUGCGCCAAUCGUCACCAUAAACUUCAUGCUCACCUACAGCUUCAUUGACUACUCCUACUUCAGCGUGGCCAUGACCUUCAGGCUUCAGAGAAAACAGACGAGAAACGCCUUUAGUCCUGGAAGAAGACGCCGGCGCAGGUCAACAAAGCCCAGUUCCAGACCACUCAUUGAAUCUGCCCUUCCCAACUACGGGAGCCCACAGGGCAAAGGUACUCUGUUGGAGUUUACCAGAGACAUGGACCAGAUCUUUCCAUUUGUCGUCAGGCCUGAGUCAGGAGCUGAGGGGGUGCUCUCUAAGCAAGAGCCAAGCAACAAACCUCAGUCCAGAGUAGCUACCACCAAGCAGAAGCUGAUGGAGAGCUUUGGCCUAGACCAGAACAGUAAUGAUUUCUCCAAGGGGACAGAAGGUGAGCCAUGCUCAUCUCCACUGCAGGAGGAAGCUCACUCACCGUGUGAGGAAGAGACGAGGGCUGCACAACAACCAGAAGCUAAACGCCUCAUGGAAAUGUGCAGUGGGGAUCUUGAGCGGUCUGCAGAAGCUCACAGUCGCAGCACAGAUGCUGAAGGUAAAGAACCACACCGGGGCUUUGAAAUCCAGCCGAUGAACAAUUCCAUCUAUGCAAAACUGUGUAACCACUGGAUUGCUCUCUUUGGGGCUGUGAGUUCCACAUUGAUCAUGUUUGUUAUUCAGUGGGUUUAUGCUUUGGCAAACAUUCUGGUGGCCGUGCUGCUCUUCUUCUACAUUGGGAAGACGAGUCCUGGUCUGCCUAAAGGAAUUGCAUCCCAGUUCAGUUUUUUCACAUGGAUCAAGUCAGUGAUAAGUGGCUUUUGCAGAAAGCAGAAUUCUCCCCAAGAUGAAAUUGUUCUGACGCCCUCUUUAUCUGGGAUUGGACUGAAAACCAAGCAGCUGACGGAGGAAAACGUCGACUUUGCGUCACGCCACCGCUUUCAUCAGUCCUCGUUUGUGAGUGCAGAUCAUAUGUUGCAACCAGCAGGCCACUGACUGACUGACUCAAAUACAGUCACAAAUCCAGCUGAAAAUCCUCUCUCUCUGCCUCACACUGUGUCACAAUAUUUUUUGUGGAGAUGUAAACAGAGCACACUUUCUGACGAACCAAAACUUUCAGUGGCUUUGCAAGGAAACUUGAGCCUUUUCUGCAAAGAAAGUGUCGGAAAAACAAGAGGUGCUAAGCAAGUUUCUAUGAUUCCAUUUUUUAAAGUGAUAUAAAAGCUUAAAUAUACAUUGAAAUGUGGCUUGUAACGCGAUCUCUGUUUUUGUAGCCGUAUUCUUCAUUCUGGUGCUUGUAAAGCCUGAAGAACCCUGUAUAUGUUAAAAAAAUAAAAAAAAUAAAAAUUGAAUAAAAUAUGAAUACAUUAUAAGAAUGAAAGAUUUGA